UUCCGCGCGCAGCUCGUGAUGGAGGACACGACAGGCAGCAAGCCGAGGCUGAAGCACUCCAAGCGGCACGGGGCGUUGGCGCUGGACGCCAGCACGCAGAGCGCGCAGCUCGUGUACCCGCGAGUCGGCAGGUUCUUCCAGCGCAAGUUCGAGCAGCCGCUCAAGUGCGUCAUGGGCAGGAGGCUACUGCGCGUGUACUCCAGCAACGGCAAGCGCAGCUUCACGUGCCGACUACUGUCCGAGGAGGACGCGGCCAAGUGCUCGGAGACUUUCCAAAGCUUUGGAGGU